CGAACAUGUGUUCACGGCUCUCGGUGGUGAUCUGACUGGGUUUGACGUCCGAUCUGUCAAGUGAGACCCACUUCGGCGUUACGUCCUGGUUAGGAUUACAAUUUUUACAUCAUUUAUUCUUAAUCAGAGUAUAUUAUAACAUGGCGAUCUGUGGUGAAUAUAUCCGUAGUCAAUUCCCGACGAUAGACGACGAUCUGUAUCAAUAUGUGGAAGGUAUCCUAGACAGUUCCAAGGACGACUUCGAGGAUGGUGAUGAGGUGUACGAGGCAAUAGGCGAGGUGCUGCACGAAGUGGCGGACAAGCCAGAAAUCGAGGUUAGACAAAUAUGUGUGAAAUUAUUAGAGUUAUUAAAAGGUAGUACCAACGAGGAUAACAUAGAGAGGAGGAAAAAUGGUGUUAAUAAAGUAUUGAAUGCUCCAGUACAUUUGGGUGCUCUGGCUGCUACCUUAGAGGCUCAAGUUGAACAAAUUAAAAGUAUAUGGGUCACAACUAGAGAUGACGCCAUGAAAGUUGAUGCUAAAAAGCUGGAGAAAGCUGAAGCAAAAUUGCAACAAAAACAAGAGAAACGAAUUGUAAAUGAACAAGGAUCAGCCAGUCGUAUUAAUACUGCCAAUAAUGUGACUGAAUCAAGUGCUAGUGCCAGCCAAAUGACAAGUAAAAAAGACAGUCGAAUGGAAACUAAAGGCGGAGUAAAUAAAACUCAAGACAUCAGAAUAGAAAAUUUUGAUGUCGCAUACGGUGAUAGAGUAUUGCUGCGUAGUGCUGAUUUAAUGCUUGCAUUUGGGAGACGGUAUGGCCUAAUAGGUAGAAAUGGGCUCGGCAAAACCACCUUACUUCGGAUGAUAUCUAGCAAACAAUUGAGAAUACCAUUACAUGUGCGAGUGUUGCACGUCGAGCAGGAAGUAGCCGGUGACGAUACGUCCGCUCUGGAGUCCGUGUUAGAAUGCGAUCAGGAACGUAGCAAAUUACUCAGUCAAGAAACGAAGUUACAAGCGAUGAUAGAAAAGGAAAAUGGUUCGAAAGCAGCCGAUACGUUAGGCGAAGAAUUGACUCGGGUGUAUGAGGCGAUGCUAUUGGCUGAAGUCGACAAGGCGCCUGCCAGAGCGAGCGCGAUUCUAUCAGGCCUUGGCUUUCCUGUAGAAAGGCAAUCCUGGCCGACUAAAGCUUUCUCCGGUGGUUGGCGUAUGAGGUUGGCUCUUGCGAGAGCUUUGUUUUCCAAACCAGACCUAUUACUACUCGAUGAGCCGACGAAUAUGCUUGACAUCAAGGCAAUACUUUGGUUGGAAAAAUAUUUACAAACAUGGCCAAAAACGUUACUCGUAGUAUCACAUGAUCGAAAAUUCUUAGAUACGGUACCCACUGAUAUUUUAUAUUUGCGCGGGCAGAAAAUAGAAGCGUAUCGUGGCAAUUACGAGCAAUUCGUGAAAACGAAAGGUGAACGCGAGAGAAAUCAGCAGCGGGAAUACGAGGCUCAACAGGCGAAGAGAGCGCACGUACAGGAAUUCAUCGACAAGUUCCGCUACAAUGCGAAUCGAGCCGCCAGUGUACAAAGCAAGAUUAAAAUGUUAGAAAAACUGCCUGAGUUGAAGCCGGUCGACAAAGAGAACGAAGUAACUUUGAAUUUCCCCAAUGUGGAGCCGUUGAGUCCCCCGAUACUGCAGUUGGAUGAGGUCUCUUUCAGUUACAGCGGUGGAGCUGACGUAGUAUUUAGCAAUGUAAACCUUACCGCCAACUUGCAGUCGCGUAUCUGCAUUGUCGGUGAAAACGGGACGGGUAAGACGACUCUCUUGAAAAUCAUCACGGGUGCGCUGAGUCCGACGCGCGGCACGGUGCACGUUCAUCGCAAUCUGAAGUUCGGAUACUUCAGCCAACAUCAUGUUGAUCAACUAGACAUGCGCAUUUGUUCCGUCGAACUGUUACAAAGGCAUUUUCCUGGAAAACCGAUCGAAGAAUACAGACGAAUGCUCGGAAGUUUCGGUAUAAGCGGCAAUUUAGCUCUACAAACCAUUAAUUCCCUUUCCGGAGGUCAAAAAUCGAGAGUAGCGUUCGCCUUGAUGUGCGCCGCGAUACCGAAUUUUCUAGUGCUCGAUGAGCCUACAAAUCAUCUUGAUAUCGAGUCGAUCGAAGCACUGGGUAAAGCUCUCAAUAACUGCCAAGCUGGUGUAAUCUUAGUGUCUCACGACGAACGUUUGAUUCGAAUGGUUUGUACAGAACUUUGGGUAUGCGGAGGCGGAUCCGUUCGAUGUAUCGAAGAAGGUUUCGACGAAUAUCGUAGGAUUAUCGAAAGAGAACUUGAAUUCUAAACAGUUUGAUUUCUUUAAUGUGAUAUUGUCGUCUCACUUUUCGUUGUCUUCUAUUGAAUAAUACAUUGUUAUAAAAGUUUUAGAGAAACGCUAUUGUUUCAAUUAAAAUUAUGAUGCAACCAUUAUCUAUUUUAUCAUAUUUACUUUUCUUUCGAAAUGUUUCAUCACCAAAGGUAUCUUAUUUAUUUCUUAGAUGCUUUUCUUGUGAAAUAUAUGAAACCAUUAGCGAUUAUUAAUUGUAUAUGCACGUUUUAUUUAUGAAAUUAACGAAUUCUUUUGAUAGUUAUGAAAUGCAAGUUUCGCCAUAAUUGCGGCUUUAUUAUAGUAAAUUAUUUAUUUUCC